AUGGAAGAGAAACAACUCGAAAGAAAACGCUCUGGGGAAACUGAUCGUGGAAAACAAAAUUUUCUUCAAAGAUUACGUGGAAUUAAUGCAUGCACGCCUGAACGGCUCAACUAUAAAGUCUUAUUCUUUGCUUGUUAUGCUGCAUACGCCUGCUUGUAUACUUUCAUCCCGCUGUAUUUUAAACAGCUGGGCUUAUCAGCCUCGCAGACCGGAAUCCUUAUUGGUCUUCGUCCUUUGUGUCAAGCGAUCGGGGCACCCUUUUGGGGAAUCCUCGCUGAUAAAUACAAAGCUCGGAAACUGGUCCUGCUUCUCGGUUCAACUGCUUGGCUGAUCAAGAACCUGUUGAUUCUAGCCAUUCGGCCGAGUCAUGAAGUUUGCGUUGCAAAGCCUUUAUCACCUGGAAAUCAAUCUCAGUCGCUGUAUGCGGUCGCGCUGUCGAAGGAUAUAGCUAUACCGUCAAUUUCAACAGCCACAAGCAUCUCUCAUAACAAAUACAAAUACUUUGUGCAAGUGGAUAACGAUGAACUCGCGCGUAUAUUCUAUAUUUUUCUGGCGCUCGUGCUCGUGGGCGAGCUGUUCGGUUCCAUAGUUCACCCUCUUUUAGAUGGAUGCGCCGUCGAUUACCUGGGUGAUGAGAGGAAAUCAUACGGGCGGAUUCGUCUGUGGGGUUCCGUGGGAAUGGUCAUAGCCAACUUGAUGGCCGGCCUUUUAAUCAAUCAUUACGUUUACCACUACUGCGGGCAGACUCGUAAGGACUAUGCAACUGCUUUUUACCUAUUUGCUGCUUUCAUGGGGGUAACGAUCCUUCUUCUUUUUUUCGUUAAAAUCGUGUAUUCUGAGACACCAAAACAGUCGCUAAGAGAUAUCAAAGAGGUGUUCAAUUCUCGCCUUAAACUCUCUUUCUGGUUUGUGGCGAUUGCUUUUGGAAUGAGCGAUGGAUUUCAAGGCGACUUCAAUUCGUGGUUUCUUGAUGAACUUAACGCAACAUCUUUUCAGGUAAUGAAUUGUGAUAGUGCAGAAUGUCGUUAAAUGUAAACAAUAUAGGUUAACCGGUGCCUGCUUCAAAUGGUGUCUGUGUAGUGAUUUAGUUAUCACUGAGAGCGUACAUUAAAGUACACUCUAAAUCAGAAAGAUCUGUUUCAGCCCUAAAAAUAGGGCCGUUUCGGUGAGUAAAAUACAGUCCUAUUUUUGAGUCUAAUUUGGCUUCCUUAAAUCAGGGCCAAUACAGUCCAAUUAGCUAGGGCUGAUUUGACCCCAGGGCUGAAAUGGGCCCUACCGUGGGCUGGAAUAACCUUUUGAUUGAGCUUUUUUGGCCUAAAUUGUGUUCAAAUGGCUCCAGGAAGGGCUGAAUUAGACUUUGGCCAGCAGGGCUGAAACAGAUCUUUUUAAUUUUCAGUGUAAGUUAAAUUCUUUAACGUUCUUUAAAAGUAACCUUCCAAACAAAGUUUUCAUCAGGGUAAAGGCAAUUAGUUUAAACAUGCUCUAGCCGGCGUGGCAGGCGCGCAAGGCAGGCGUGAAAGGUGUUCGAAAGGAAGGGGAGAAAGUUGGUUAUGCUUAAACGCGAUGGGCAAGAUGGUUCCCUUUUGGUAUAUCGCUCUCGCGUGCGCGCACGUGCUCGCGCGUCCUUCGAGCCUCGCGCACCUGAAUUUUCCCCUUUCUAAAUCCCUGCUAACUUAUUACGCCUCCCUCCUCGUGAGAUUACGGAUUUGACAAAUGAAAAACACACCUAAAUUUCAGUAUAAAAGAAAAUCGAGGGGGAACCCCCGGGGGGUACUCCCUAUUAUGGCCUAUACCGGGAGGCUCUACCCGAAAGGGGUACCUUUUUCAGGCUGCAUGAAUACGAAAGGGUAGGGAUUUUACUCGCAGAAGUAUGUGAAAGGGUGGGAAAAUCUGUCAUUUGGGUCUGUGAAAGAGCCUAAAAGGGCUAACAGAUGAAUUUUAUGGCUUUAUAAAGUUGAGAAAACGGGUUUUGUUUGGAGACUGGUUCCUAUUUAAAAGACCAUGCAUUUACAGCAGUUUUUUUUCUUUGCAUCCCUUUUUAAACAAGGUAUGUGAAAGGGAAACCAUUUUUCAAUAGAAGGUAUAAGGGGCACCUUUUUCGUGAAAAAUGGUAUAUAAAAGGGUAAGGGGUUGGACCUCGGGGCAGAGCCUCCCCGUAUAAAAAUUUGUUGAGUGCUCCCCCGGGUGGGAACUUAAACUAAGUUGAACAAACACCAGAAGCCCAUUAUGAGCUCCUGAUGUCAUCUAAGAGGCGCAUAAAAUUCAGGUUUUCCUCAAAAGAUGAUGAUUUUCACAUCCUCAUGCAUGGCACGUGAGACAAAAUCUUUUCCAAUGUGUUUAUCCAAUUUUUCGUUCUAUCCUUCCAGGUAGGGUUGGCAGCAGCCUUGCAUUUCACCACAAGCGCCCUGUGUUACUUCGCGGCGAACUAUUUCCUGGAAAUGUUUGGAUAUUUCAAAACCAUCGCUGUCGGGAUGGCCUGUUACUGUGUAGUGUUCAUAUGCUACUCUUUCACCCAUAGCCCAUGGGUGGCUCUCGCCCUCUUUGCAGUAAUCGGUGGAGUAUUUGCAGUCACGUGGACGGCGUGUGUAGCGUACGUAGGAUCAAUCUCGACUGCUAUUGGUUUAGGAGCAGCAGCACAAGGUAAAGACAACGCAGUAUAGCNUAUCCUUCCAGGUAGGGUUGGCAGCAGCCUUGCAUUUCACCACAAGCGCCCUGUGUUACUUCGCGGCGAACUAUUUCCUGGAAAUGUUUGGAUAUUUCAAAACCAUCGCUGUCGGGAUGGCCUGUUACUGUAUAGUGUUCAUAUGCUACUCUUUCACCCAUAGCCCAUGGGUGGCUCUCGCCCUCUUUGCAGUAAUCGGUGGAGUAUUUGCAGUCACGUGGACGGCGUGUGUAGCAUACGUAGGAUCAAUCUCGACUGCUAUUGGUUUAGGAGCAGCAGCACAAGGUAAAGACAACGCAGUAUAGCUGAAGAAUGCAAUUGCCUGAUUUCAAACCGAGGGAGGCUGGAUACGAGUCUGUUUAUUAUGGGAUAAGCCACUCGAGAUCGACAAAAUCACAAAGACGAAAACGAGAUCUGCAAAAUCCUCAUGUUUUGCGUUUGUUGGGCCUAUAUGAACGAGAUACAGCCAUUCAAAAACUACAAAAUUAACCAAGAAAUAUGGACGUCCGGCAAUGCGUACAUCUCUUAGUAAUUUUUCAAGUGUUGUAAUAACUGUAUCUUUAUCAGUAUUGGCUCGAUUAACACCAAGCUUGAGAAUUUUCCUUACCUCAGUGAGCUUUUCCUGGCUAUAUCCCGUGUUUUUUACCCCAUAAUACACGGACUGUGCCCAGUCGUCUUUCUCGGUUUGAAAUCAGGCAAUAACACCCAUACCUAAGGGCCGAGUACAGGUCAGUCACACUGUUGCGAGUACCAAUUAUUUCCUCUUAUAGUAAAAUUCAUCUAUGCACAUGCAGUAUAUUUAAAAUUCUAUCAGAGUUCUAUUCGUCAAUAUUCUGUUGUUCGUUGCAGAUAAAGCUCAGAUAAGUUCUCCACGUGUUUUCCUCCGAAUAAAAUUCAUAGAUCAGGGUACUUAGAACAACCCCACUGGUUAGUCAGGUGUAAAGUAAAAAACACCCUUGUUUAUAUUUUGCUGAGGGGACGGGGAAUGCGUCGAAAUUUAAAGCGCAAGUCCCCAUAGGCCAUUUGCAUGAUGGCGUCGUUUUUCCUCUCUUUUUUAUUUUUGUAAACUGAGCGAAGUGUAAAACAACAAAAUCAAGAAAAACAACGAGAUUUCACCAUUUUGGAAAGGUCCCACUGCGUUGUUUGUCUCUCUAGCAACGUGUUUUUGUACCGUUAAGUUUUAAACAUUUUGGAUUAGUUUUUGUGAUAUCCGGUAUAAUGAUAAUAACACUUUUUGAGACCUUGAUAAUUAAAGAUAACACAAAAACCGAAUCUAUUAAUCGUCUAUUAUACACUGUUUUUAGGAAAAUAACGAAAGCACAGCGUCGCACGGAACACACUUUUCGCUGUGGUUAGAAAUAAUGCACUGCCCACUCAACCUGCAUUUUUGUAGGUUGCGCUGAUUUAAAAAAAAAUAGCUGGAGGUUCUUAGCCAAUGAGAAGACAGAUAGUAGGUACAAUUUAUGAUAAAAUUAUUUUUUCUCAUUUUACAGGUAUUCUGAAUGGACUGUUUGUAGGUGUUGGUAACGGAUCUGGCACCAUGCUUGGCGGUUUGCUGGUCAGCAAAACUGGAAUUCGUGUAGCGUACAGACUGUUUGCUGCUUUCCUCACCUUAGUAAUGUUAUUGUUUCUCGCUUGCCAAUGGCGGGGAGAAAACAAUGAUGAUAAAACAUCGUAUCGAGCGCUACCGAACAAGGACGAGGAGGAUUCUAAUGAGUAG